AUGGAAUUUGAUCCAAAUCCAAGUAUAGUUUACUAACUAGCCUUAUCCCAUGCCAUCUCUGGGUGGUGUGCACAGAAACAACAAGAGUAGUACCAUUCCAUUCUAUUCAAACAAAAAUUCAUUCUUUCAUAAUCAAAUUGGUAUUCCACUUUUCAAACUCUCCAUUCUACAAAAUGGUUUCAAUUUCAAACUCAAUUCUAGUUGCUUCUUCUCUCUAUUCACCAUCACUUCUACCUCGCACCCAUAAACUUUCUUUCUCAACAACCUUCUCAAAUCAAAUCCCGGCAUUUCUUCCUCACCAUUACCGUAUCAAUUCUCAAAGGGGUUUUUCAUCUGUUUGCUUCUUCAAUGCUAGAGACGAUUCUGACACCAAACUUCAGAACAAGGACUCUCGAUCGGAAUGGCCUAUUCUUAGAAGAUGGGAGGUGCCUUGGGAGUGGCAAACAGUUUCAUUAACCUCUCUUGCUUGUGGAUUGGGUUUUGUAUUGACAGGUUUGGUUGAGGCAACGGCUCUACCAUAUCUAGGGAUUCGACCUGAUGCACUAACUUUAGAUGAAAAGGCAGAGUUACUCUUUUUAGAUCAGGGCAUCACAACUGCUGCUGUACUUGGAAUCAUAUAUAGUGUUUUCAGCACUUACCAGCCACUCCCUGAAGGCUUCUUCAAAUAUGAUUUGAGGGAACCUUUUAAUCUUCAAAAGGGUUGGCUUUUGUGGGCUGGAGUUGGACUUGUUGGUGCCCUAGUUUCCAUUGGAUUGACAGGAGUUGCCGUGUCCUUCUUUAGUGGAGAAACCCCACAAAGAGAGACCGAUGCUCUUGUUCGUUUGCUUCCGUUGAUUGGAUCUUCAAGUGUAAGCACUGCUUGUUUGGUAGGCAUCACAGGUGUUUUCGCUCCACUUCUUGAGGAAACGGUAUUCCGAGGAUUUUUCAUGACUUCUCUUACUAAGUGGGUUCCUACACCAGUUGCUAUCAUCCUUAGUGCUGCUGUGUUUGCCCUUGCUCAUCUCACUCCCGGUGAAUUCCCCCAGUUGUUUGUUCUAGGGAGUGCUCUCGGGAUUUCUUAUGCUCAAACUCGCAACCUUCUCACUCCCAUCACUAUCCACGCGUUCUGGAAUUCAGGAGUUAUAUUAUUUCUCACUUUUCUCCAGUUACAAGGGUAUGAUAUCAAAGAAUUAUUGCAGACAAGUUGAUAAGAAAUUUGUCGCCUUUGUUAUGGCAUCGGAGCAUCAACAUGUAUCAACAGAAUACAGAUUCAUUUGUUUGUAUUUGUAUGCCCUCUUUCCCUGUUGUAAAAUUUUGAGAAAUUGUAUAAUAUAUCAGACAAGUAAUUUGGGUGGUAGUUUGCAUCCAUGUGAUUCAAAUAAAAUAAUGUACAAUGGUAUUGACCAGGCUUGCUUUAAAAGCCAGUUUCUUCAUGUUUAUCAUUACUAACAUUAAGGUAAGCACAAAGUUUGAAAGUUAGAACUUCAA